AUGACGACUAACCAUAGGCCUACGCUAGAAAGCAAGCGAGGUCGAGAUAAUGCUAUUAAAAAUACCAUUCAGCACUCACGUGCACUAGCUGGACAAGCAGAGCUCAAGCUUAGACCCGACAUCGAAGGUGCUAAAAUAGGUCCUUCCAAGAGAAGCCUAGAAGAAUCGGAGAAGGUCAACAAACGAACAAAGACAGAGGACUACCAGGAGUCGCCAAAUACUGAUGCUUCAAGUACGGAAAGUGGUAGUCUAUCUGAUGACGAACGAGAAGAUGGGGAAAACAAGGAAUCCAGGGAAGUGAUUGCUGAACUUAAGAAAGCCAAGGACGAACAAAAACCUGAACUACGAAAGAAGGGUUGGAGAAAUACACCGUUUCGAAGUAAACCCCCGCAAAAGAAAGAAGAGAGCGAAACAAAGUUCACAACGGACUCGGUUAAUUCGGAUAAACACCGGCAAUUCCUCUCCAAGUACAUACGAUAG